AUGUCAGCAACCACACAACCCCUCCUCAACCACAUCACCCCGCUCCUCCACUCCCUCCGCCACCGCCCAACAACCCUCCUCACCACCCUCGCAACACCACUCCUCCUCUGGGCAGCCUACCGCGACUACAGAGCCUACAUCGCCCUCGGCCCAGGCGGCGUUCCGCACAACGCUCUAGGCUGGCUCCUCGUCACUCUCGGCCUCCGCCCCUUCGCACUCUCCAAAAGCUCAGCGACAUGGACGGGCGAUUACCCAGACCAAGGCUCUCACGCCGAGAUCCGGGCUUUACCUGAGAGAAACGGGGAGAGGGCCGAAUUGGGCGGGAUCGUGCCGCAUCGGCAACUAAGUCAGCAUGCGCCGGAGAAGAUGAGAGAGUUUAUUGAAAACCUCUUCGCCAACGCAGUAACACAGAACCCAUCCCUCCUAACCACAAAACUCUCCCUCUACGAACGCAACAAUCCAGCCCUCUUCCUCCAUCCUCAAGUUCUGUCUUCUCUCGCUUCUUCUUCGGGGGCCACCACCACAUCCUCAUCCACUCCCGUCGUCGCCCGCGGCGAAAUAGCCCACCACCACACAGACCUCUCCAUCCACCUCUACCUCGCCCCCGCCGACGCCAAACUCGCCAUCCAGAAACGCUGGGCCGAGCGCCACCGCCUCUCCCUUCCCAGGGGCUCCUUCUUAGCUAACAGGUUACAUCUCGCGGAUUCCUAUCUGAUGGUCUACGGGCCAAGAGAUGAGGAGGAGAUGGAGGUGCUAGCGGAGCUGUUGAGGUGUGGGGUGCGGUUCAUGAUAGGGAGGGAGGAUGUUGGGGUGAUUGAAUGGCGGAGGAAGCUCGAAGCGUAA